ACCAGCUUCUCCUUCCUUUGCCACUCGUUUAUCUUGCGCAGUGACAACGUAACGUAUUUUCUUUCUACGUCGCCCUUAAUUCAUCGGCCUCCGCUCCCUUUCGUAUUACACCGCCCUUUCCAUUAUUAAAAAGCAAUUUGCGCAGCUAUUCAAGCUCGCGUUUACGUAACCAACGACGAAGAUUUUCCCGCUACGUCCGGUGCGGCGGCGGCGUCCCGGAUGCUGGGCGUUGUCACGGCAACCGUCAAAAUAAACCGAAGAGCGAGGCCGGUCUGUGCAUUUUCCGGAUGCACAGCCAGCCAGAAUCCUCUCCGACGAUUCACGAAGCUAGCGAACGGGAGUUUUAUCUCCGCGAUCCAGACGUCCGAAGUGCGAUGAGGGAGACGUUACAGGGGUGUGUCUGGUGUUCGUUGUACUCGUGUGCCGCAUUAACGAAGCACUCCGAUACCAAGACGCAGGAAAAUGAAGAAACUGCAAAAAUGUUGAGAUCCAACACGUAUAACGGGCGAGAUGUUCACCGGAAUCAAUUGACACUGGGAAGAUCUGGCUCGGCGACGACAGCAAGCAUGGAUUUGAGCUACGUGACCGAAAGGAUUAUUUCGAUGUGGUUUCCACCCUCCGUCUCUCCGCACUCAUUUAGACAGAGUCAAAGGCAAGCGGCCCACAUGCUCAUGAACAAACAUGGGUAUAAUUAUAUGGUGUUUAACCUAUCGGAACCAAAAAAAUCUUUGAGAAACGAACACAAAAACGUGACGGAAGCGAGCUGGACCCCUAACUUGGCACCCCCUUUAGAGAGGCUCUGUAGCAUAUGCAAAGAAAUUGAUUCGUGGCUCUCCAAGGAUCAGCACCGAAUAGCGGUAUUACACGCAAGGGGUUCUAAAGAAAAGCUGGGUGUGAUUGUCGCAGCCUACAUGCAUUAUUCUAGCAUAUGCGGCACGGCUGAACAAGCGUUGGAUAGAUUCUCUAUGAGGAAAUUCUUGGAUGAUAAUAUUGGUCCUUUGCAACUGCCAUCUAACCGAAGAUACGUCGAUUAUUUUGCCGGUCUUUUGUCGCACAACAUUAAAAUCAACGCCGCUCCUCUUUAUUUGACCCACGUGACGGUUUUGGGUGCCCCAGUUUUCCAAAACGGUGGAUGCAAGGCCUUUCUCAAGCUUUACGAAGGACAGACUCCAGUUUAUACCUCAGGUGUUUAUUACGUGUCAAAUGGCGUGUCUCACUUUACCGUGAACAUAGCUGGCGAACGAAAGAGUGGCCUUCAACUUCGCGGAGACAUUUUAAUCAAAUGCUAUCACCGAGACCUGGGCACCGGCAGAGAAACGAUUUUUGCCUGCCAAUUUCACACGUGCGCGGUCUCCGAUCACACCCUCAGCUUUACGAAACAGGAGCUGGAUUAUGCCUGCAAUGAUCCCCGAUUUCCCGUUGACGGAGCAGUCGAGCUCCAUUUUUCUCCCGGUUGUGACGCGAGACACCCAGUGCCGGCCCCAACACCCGCAGUCCCAUUUACCCUGUCGAAUGACCCCAUAGUGAGAGCCGACACACCUUUCACCUUGGAUGAAUUCGACGAAGAAGAUUCCGAUUCAGACGAAGCAAAUCACACAUUUGGGCCUUUAGACGGUAGCAUCUACGCGACCAUCACCAAGAAGCCCGAGCUCUCUCCUGGGGCUGUUUCUAGUCCAUUGGCGGUGUCGAUGGACAGUGGCAUCUCCUCAGCAGGGCACCAGCAUCAGAACGCCAAUACGAACGCCUCCGGUAGUCCCCCGCCGUCGACCGCCCAAUCGUCCCCCCUCACGCCCGAAGACCAGCACCGCGAACUCGACGAACUGCUAUCCGAUAUGAUGCUGACGGUCCAGAGCAUUCCCGAUUUGAAACCGACAGAAUCGCGUCACGGUUACGAUAGAGAUAAUGCGCGUUACGAGCAUCGGGACAACUACAAGGAACGGUACGAAGACCCAGAUAGUAUACCAUACCACGCGAGGGAAGAUAGUACGCCAUUCAGUUACGGAAUAAACGCCGACAUGAUCGGGGAGUCCAGGAAGUUGUCAAGUCCGAGCCUCGUACGGAAGGCUAGCGUCAAUAAAAGUUCCGGUGACGUACUUGCUAAGGUUCAGACACAAGUGUAUGCAUCACCUAAACCAGUGCCAAAUUUCGAAAAUGAUCCGGACCCAAUCAAGAAUGCGCAUUACUCCUCAUUAGACCGACGAACAUAUUCGCCAGCUCUCCUGCGCAAAAGCUCGCCUCGCGAUACCGACUCCAUCGACGAUAUCUUCACCCAAAGUGCUCUAAACGCUCGGCCCAUCAAACGUGAGGAACGCUAUGAGUACUACAAAGAUGAGCGAAAAAGAUACAACGAUCCGCUAAAAAGGAGCCAUACUGAUGAUGCACUGAGCAACCCGGACCGACUUAUCUACAAGUCGAACUUCAUCGAGAGUCCGUAUUCAGAUUCGGAGAGUCGUCAGUUCAGGAACCACCUAGCUUCAACGGAGGCGGGGGAAAGCACUACGCGAAAUGGAAACCUCACAUGGUUGCAGCGGCAGCAACAAAAGCUGAAAGAUCGAAGGGAAAUGCAGCUGCGCGAAGAACGCCACCCACACGAAAUACGGUUGCUCUCCGAACUGAAAACCGUUCAGUCGCGUCAUAUGAGGCCUACGGCUAGCCACAGAUUGGAUGGCUACACUAGCGACACCACAGCUUUUCCCGACGAUGACGAUGACUACACGAUCCCCUUGCAUAUCAACACCAUGCAGAAAAAUUACGAGGUGCUGCCAAAUUCUACCACUAGCACAUUGAAAUCGUCGUACGCUUCACAACAGGAGAGGCCUUUUAUGAUGGUCAAGUCAGCGCAUGCGAAAUAUUCGCAGAACACCGACCCAGUAACUGCUCUAACCUCUAACCCCCAUGGACAAAUAAUAAGGGUACCAUCGGACGUUGGAACUGAUAGAGACCAGGUAGAUAACCGAUUACUUUCCGUAGUAGAACACCGUCACUAUUCGACAACCGGACAAGAUCCCGGAAUGUCGCGUAGCGCCCAGCAAAGCAGCAGGGUGGGUAUUAAACGCGACAUGCUGGAUGAGAACUCUCGGCUAGCCGCUCUUGACGAUCUAAUCGCUAACCUGUCUAGUGGCUCUGAGCACUCUAGUAACAGUCCUAAUAACACAGCAUGGCAGCAGUAUCGAGAAGAGUCGAUCCAAACUUGGAGGACGUCGAACGACAAUGAAACAUCGCCGUCGCAUAGUUCGUCACCCCGUCCCCAAACGCCAGCUUUUCCCGUGCACGCCCGAACGCCGUACCUCAACGCUCCGACACCGACCGUCCAAUUUGAUUUGGGCAAUGAGCGAUUGCCACCUAAAAGUCCUACAACCCAGCGAAAGGACCGACCCUUGACCCCCAACGAUCAAUUUUACGGCAUUUCCGAUAGCGAAUAUUCGCAAAGUACAUUAAGAAGCGCAUCUGCUUCGGGUUUUAGAGAGUACAACGGGUCCGCGUCACCCACGUCUUACUACGGUCACUCACGACACGGCUCGAUAUCGUCCAGUAGCGAGCAGCAGUCACCGCAGGAAGUAUCAGCCGCUCACGUUAAAAUAGUUCGGGACACCAGCAAAUUCUGGUACAAACCUACUAUAACACGGGAAGAAGCCAUAAACAUGCUGCGGGAUCAGUUGCCCGGCACUUUUGUCGUUAGGGACUCGAAUUCAUUUCCUGGUGCCUUUGGACUCGCAUUGAGGGUGGCUACAGUGCCGUCGAAUAUACAGACGAAAGUAAAGGGUUCAUCCGACGAAUUAAUUCGACAUUUUCUGAUCGAGCCAACGUCGAAAGGAGUGCGAUUAAAAGGGUGCCCCAAUGAACCCAUUUUCAGCUCACUUUCGGCUCUGAUUUAUCAACAUUCGAUAACGCAAAUAGCUCUGCCUUGUCGGCUCGUCUUACCUGAGCGCGAUUUAAAAUACGACGCCCAAGGUCAGCAGGCAGCUCAGCUUCAGCAGUUGCAAGUACAAGGAGCGGCGUGCAAUGUUAUUUACUUAUGCACUAUUGAAAUGGAGUCGUUAACUGGUCCGCAAGCCAUGAAAAAAGCGGUGAUGCAGCUGUUUCAGAUGUCGCCCCUACCCGACACAGCCAUAGUUCACUUCAAGGUUAACGGGCAAGGGAUUACGUUGACCGAUAACAAAAGGAAGCUAUUUUUCCGAAAACACUAUCCAAUUAACACAAUAUCGCACUGCGGUCUAGAUCCAGAAGAACACCGUUGGUUAGUUAAUGCGGAGGAAACGGGUUCAGCGAAAAGUUCCAACCGAAUCUUUGGUUACGUGGCGAGAAAGCCCAACGUGACUAACCCCGACAACCAGUGUCAUUUAUUUGCUGAACUAGACCCCGAUCAGCCUGCCACAGCCAUUGUCAAUUUCGUAAACAAGGUCUUAAGUUCGAACGGCAUCAAACCAAAUAUUGUAUAAUUACACAAAAAGUGUGAGUUAAAAUCUUGAAGUUUGAAAAGUUUUAUUUCAUUUUGAACAGGUUCGUGUAGUGCCUUCUUACAUUCGAAAAUGCGUUAGUUUUCGAUGUUUUCGAAAACGAAUCCAUUAUUUUUUUAUAAAUUUUAUCGUCGGCACUUUGAUUUCUGAGAACGUGUUGCCAAAUUUUUUAACAUUGGAGCACAAGGAGAAGUCUAAUUUGUACAUAGCUACACUACCGAUUGCAUUAGCCCACUGAACCUUCUAAAAUCAUGUAAUAUUUUCCUAGUCUUAUGUUUUACGCAUUAACUUUGAGUAUUACUUAAAUUAUUUUUGUUCUUAUAUUAUAUACUUUUAAUGUUGUAUAUAUAUGUUAUGUAUUUAUUUUAAGCCAUACCUAAGAAGCUGCGCUUCGACCCUGUGAAUUGCUCGUAUUCAGAAUAUAAGUAAAUUCACGCGAAAAUUGUUUGGCGGAGGACGAAGGACUUUGUUAGUGUUUUUGUUAUGAGAAAUUAACAAAAAAUUACAACGGAAUGGAUGUAUCAUAACUAUUCUUGCUGCAUAAUUUUGUUGCUCUACCUGUCCAUCUUCAUUUGUUCUUGGUCGUUCAUGCCGAUGGGGAAAAAUGGGCCAACACGCAGGCAUGUUUUCUUUUUAUCAAAUCUUAUGAAUGGCAUGAUAUAAAUUUUUUUAUUUAAAUAAAUUGAUUUAAAUUUUAGCUCCAUGAAUUAACAAAGAAAAAUGUUGUGUCCAUCUGGGAAUAUGUUUUAUUACCCUUUUGAAACAUUUUUUAUUGAUAGUGAAUACUUUAAAAAUAAUUAAUUACGAUUUUAACUAUACUUAAUUUUUAUAUCUUUAUGCGAUAGCCAUUCAGCGAUAUUCCAGACAUUCCUUUAGGAAACAAUAGACUUGGUAAAAUUUUCUAGCAGUGCUCGUACUAAUUUGGCUAUCCAAUAUGAGCUAAAUUUCUUUUGAACUUCUUAUUGUUUCUAUUCAUAAAAUGAGGCAAACUUUUAUAUCACUAAAUUCCGAUUAAAGCUUUAAAAGCAUAAACUUACCUUUGUAAUAAAUAAAAUAUCAAUUUACAUUCCAUUUGUUACUUCCUGUGUACAUUGUGCCAUAUGGAAUCAUACACAUUUUACCCUAUUGAGGAGGGUAGAAAAUAAAUAAUGAAGAUGACGAGGAAUGAAAGGUUUUGUUCAAAUAACAAAUUAUACUUUGCAUUAAGCGACUUCUAUAAAACUGUAAGAUAAUUAGAAAAUGGAUCCAUCCUGAGAACAUUGUUACUAUGUACUCAAAUGGACACAUAAUACAAUAGAGGCUCAAUUUUAUACUUUCACAUAUAGAGUAAAGUUUGUCUGAUAUGUGCCCACAAUACGCCGUAUCAUCCCUAUUUCCCCUAAAGGUAAAGUCACCAAAAAGCAAGCUAACAGUGUUGAUAAACUCGUAACGUUGUGAUGUCAUUCUUAUUCAUUUUCACGUCGCACUAACAAUGUCUUAGCAGUGUAUCAAAAUAGUUCUGAGGUAUAUUUAAAGGACUACUGCAUUAACAUUAGUCAAUGAGUCGUUAAAGUCUAAAGAAUCUCUAUAAAACUGUUGUUAGUUCAUAAACAAAUACUGUAAGAUUAUUCGCUAAUUUUUAUUUUCGCGAAAGUACAAAAAUUUAAAAUAUCCAAAUCUGUUCACUGAGCAUUAUUUCAAAAUCAUAAUAUUGAAUUGAUAUAUUGUAUGUUAUGUGAACUUAAACACUAACAACGAUGUUUCAAAAAAGUAAAGGUUACUA